CUCUUUUCUCUUUCCCUCAUAUACUUUGUUUACUUUCUCCUUUUAUAUAUAUAUAUAUACUGGGUGUGUAACAAUAAUAUACCUUCUUUAACUGUUGUCUUUUAUGAACAAUGGGGAUUACUGGACGACAACGUGGUACACGCAAACCUUCUUCCUCUUCAAAGAAAAAGGCUCAACAACCUCCGUUGUCUGAAGAAGAUAAAGCUGCUACUUUAGAAAUGAAGACACAACAACACGACUUGGAAUCUCUUCAAAUUACUUUUUAUGAAAUUGAAUCUUGGAUUGAAAAAACAACUCCUUUAUUAUCUCGAAUGACAAAGGAAUUAGAUAAGGCAUCUGCACAGUUUGACAAACGACGACGAUCUACAAACAGCAACAACAACAACAACAACAACAAUAAUGAUAAUGAUAAUGAUAAUAAUAAUAAUAAUCGACAUUCUUCUAUCACUCAACCUAUAUCUGUUCCUUCUUCUUGGUCAAACGUAUUACCACAACAAUCUACAAGUGUACCUCUCUCAGCAACUAGAUCAACAACAACAACACCAACUUGUCCUAUGCAAUGGUCAAUGUCAUUUCAACCUAACAAUUCUAUGCGAUUAGAAACAAAUAUCAAAUCAGUGGAUCAACUUGUAGAAGCUGUACAACAAAUUAGACUCAUGACUGAACCAGAUAAUGUUAUUGAAGACACAACAACGAUUCCAGAAGAUGAUUUUCUACCAGGAUGUAAUGGAUUAUUUACACAUCAUCAUCAAUCACCUUCACCUUCUUUGUUUGCUUCGUAUUGUACCGAUCCAUCAAUAGAAUAUUGGCAAAGUGCUAUUGGACGACGACCCAUCAUUUGCCUGGAAGAAUAUAAACAUUGUAAUAUGAACAUCAAUCGACUGACGAAGGACGUAUCGGCGAAUGUAAUGCAUUAUAUCUGUCACUUGUAUUGGGACUGCCUUCAUCCAAAAUUCUCUUCUGACUGGACAACCUUUUGGGAUCGAUGUGGAGAUCCGAAACGAAAUCAACUAUGUAUUGACUCUGGUUUAGCUAUGGUCUUCUUACACGGAACUCGACAUCGAAAGGAUAUAUGCGCCAAUGUCAAGGAUAUUGCCUUUUUUUAUUAUGAUCGUGCUCGCGACAACUUGAUGGACUACUUUGAUACCCCUCAUUGUGCCACUUUGGAAACCUUGAUGAAUUUGUCCAUGUUCUGUAUCCUCUGUAAACGACAUUCUCAAUCAAGAAUUUAUAUUGGAUUAGGUCUACGAAUGAUGCUUGAAAUGGGAAUGCAUCGACGCGCCACUUUACCACAAAAUAAUCCUCUCUUGCGAAAGAAAUAUCUGAAAUUCUUUAUGGUUUUAUAUUACAACGAUAUUCAAAGUUCUUUGUAUUCUGGUGAACCGGCUCUACUGGAUGACAAUGACUGUGAUAUUGAUUUUUAUGAAAUGAUUGCUCUUAACAAGACGCUACAAGAUACGAAACUCUCUGCCUAUGACGACAAGAUCAUUGAAAAGGAAACCUUCUUCGCUCACUUAUUGGCUUUGGCAAAAAUUGGAAAACAAGCUCUUCAAUUAGUAAAUGAUUAUCAAAAACAACGACCUCAGCCUCAUCGAAUUCAUGGAGACCUUCCUUAUCGUUGGGCCAAACGAUUACAAUCUCUGGAAAUUGACCUGUCUCAAUGGUACAAUCGUUUACCUGAUUAUUAUCGUGUCGAUCCUCAACCUCAGUCACAACCUCCCACUUUUUCACAGCAUCCUCUUCAACAUACACGACAUCAACGCCGCCAGCAACAGCAAAAUGCAACAGAAAUACCCAAUUCACCUCCUCUACAUUAUUCUACAACUGGAGAAUAUCCACAUUCACCUAUGAGUGCUGAUGAUUUACGUGCUCAAUCUGCUCUCUUAUUAAUGUUGCAGUACCAAACUCAAUGGAUCAUAUUACAUAAAACGUUCUUCAACAACACUUCAUCUACUCGUUGUUCACCCUAUUCGACACCACCACCUGCGUUUACUCCCACCAGUCCAUCACCACUAUCGACAACACCAACAAAGACCUCAACCAAUUGUCCAGGUUGGGAUCCGAAAGGAACUAUUUAUCAAUGGCAACGACAAUGUACAGAUCGAUCACAAGCAAUUUGCGCGGAUGCUGCUAAUAGAAUUGUGGUGAUUGCUGAAGUCAUUACUGAACAGUUUGGAUGGUGUGUCUGUCAACAAUUCAUCAGUUGUAUUUAUCAAGCUUCCACUAUUUUUUGCCGAAAUGCUAUUGCCAACAAUCAAUCGAUCACUCCUGAACGACAACAUGCGGAUGCCAUGAUUCAACGGAUUGUACGUAUUCUUGCUGUUAGUACGAUCAACUAUGAAGGUCUCCCUGAUGAUUUGACAUUCAGCUUGAUGGAAUUGCUCAACUCUCAUAGUGCAUUACCUACUUCAACACCACAUACGACUACUACUACUACUACUACGAUGAUGAUGGACGACAAUAGAGAUAUAGAUAGUAAUACAAUAGCACAAACAUUAUCACAUAACAACGAAUAUACCGAAAACAACUAUAAUGACAAUAUCAAUAGCAACAGCAUGAUGGAAGAUGAUUUCGAUUUUAUACCCACGUGGAAGGAUACUGACAGUACACAACAAGAAGGAACUAAGGAUCCCUGUUAUUUUUCAAUGAAUAACAAGACACUCUAUGUGCCUUCUUCACCUACUUUAUCAUCAUCACCUUCACCGGCAUCUCUCUCAACACCACAAUCCAUCUCAUUAGACUACUCAGCACUAUCAGAUGGUUCACAUCGUCGAUCUCAUUUAAGACCAACACAGCCACAACAACAACAGCAACAACAAAAAGAAGAAGCACAACUACCAUUGACGUUAAAUUCACCUCUAUUGCCAACAACAUUACAUGGAUUCGAUGAUACAUUACCAAAUUCUCCUCAUAUGUACCAACAAUGCUUGACACAACCAAGAAUCCGAUCAACUCGCAACACUUCUCUCAUGGCUGAUCAGUCUCCGACAGAAGCUAUGUUAUCUAUCAAAUUGAAGGAUCCGACCGUUGAUGAAGCCAUGGCUAUGGAAAAGACGAAUGCCACAGCCUCAAGCUGGAGAUCCAAGUUUUCUUCCCCGAGCGUUGCUGCUGGAAACCAAAGAAUUAUUUAGUUUAGUUUAGUUGACCUAUUCUAGUUUGGUCUCUUUUUUUUUUUAUCAUUAUUAU